AUGUUCAACGGAGGUGUGUCACUCAAGGUCAAGGUUACUCUUUCGAAACAACAAAUAAUCAUCAUGUCGCUGAAAACGACCUCCCCGUUGUUUAAGAUUAUUUUCAACAGUAGUAUUCGAUAUGCAGCUUGCAGAUAUCAAGGAACUGUUGCGCAAGCACAAAAGACUGAGAAAUCUCCCGGAAAAUCAACAGCAAAAUUCAACUGGCAAGAUGCACUGAACCUAGAAAAUCAGUUGACAGAAGAAGAGAAGAUGGUGCGAGAUUCAUUUCGAGCUUACUGUGAUGACAAACUCAUGUCUCGAAUACUCAUGGCCAACAGACAUGAAAAAUUUGACCCAGAGAUUGUUCCAGAGAUGGGAGCCAUUGGUGUACUAGGCCCCACCAUUAAAGGUUAUGGUUGUGCUGGGGUUUCUUCUGUUGCUUAUGGCCUCAUCGCCCGAGAAGUUGAGAGAGUGGACAGUGGGUACCGGUCAGCUAUGAGUGUCCAGUCCUCGCUAGUCAUGCAUCCUAUAUAUGCUUAUGGCACAGAAGAACAGAAGCAAAAAUAUAUACCAAAAUUAGCUAAGGGAGAGCUGAUUGGUUGCUUUGGACUGACUGAGCCCAAUCAUGGCAGUGAUCCCUCGUCCAUGGAGACAAAAGCCAGAUACAACCCCUCAAGUAAAACCUACACACUCAAUGGCACAAAGUCAUGGAUAACAAAUUCCCCCAUUGCGGAUGUGUUCAUUGUGUGGGCUAAGUGUGAUAAAGACAAUGACAAAAUUCGAGGGUUUAUCCUUGAGAAAGGUAUGAAAGGGUUAACGGCACCAAAGAUAGAGGGUAAAUUCUCCCUCAGGGCCAGCAUCACGGGACAAAUUGCUAUGGACGAUGUGGAGGUUCCUGAGGAAAAUAUGAUGCCCAAUGUGAUUGGUUUAGGGGGUCCUUUUGGAUGUCUUAACAAUGCUAGAUAUGGUAUUGCUUGGGGAACUCUUGGUGCAGCUGAAUUCUGUCUGGAAACUGCUCGACAGUACACACUUGACAGAUUUCAGUUUGGAAAACCUCUUGCCAAAAAUCAACUUCCACAGAAGAAGAUGGCAGAUAUGCUAACGGAAAUCUCAAUAGGCCUUCAGGCUUGUUUACAGGUCGGAAGGUUAAAGGAUGAGGGAAAAGCAACACCAGAAAUGAUUUCACUGAUCAAGAGAAACUCGUGUGGCAAGGCCCUGGAUAUUGCUCGCGUAGCUCGAGAUAUGCUCGGAGGAAAUGGAAUCUCAGAUGAGUACCACGUCAUCAGGCACGUUAUGAACCUGGAAGCCGUUAACACAUAUGAAGGCACACACGAUAUCCAUGCCUUGAUUUUGGGUCGAGCCAUCACUGGUCUUCAGGCUUUUACAGCGGACUAAUGAUCAAGUGAAUUUGUUAAAUUUGUGUCUGUGAUAGUAAAACUAAGUCAUUGAAUCAAUGAGAAAAACAUUGGAGUUUUUUUUAUUUUCUCAAAAUGUUGCAUCAAAAAAGUUGAUUUAUAUUUUGUUUUGUAAAUUAAAUAAGUUAAUAUUAUAUAACUAAGUUAACAAAUGUGUACAGGUAAUGUCAGUGUUUUGGUUUGUAUAGUAUAAUGGGUUUUAAAUACAUCAUGAUAUAUCAUGUAAUAACAUAAUUUUCUUCAAAGUGAAUUCAAUGCAUAAUAAAGUACUUUCCUAAUAGACAUUCUGCCUGAUGCAUCUAUAAAUUGGAUACAAUGAUAAUACAUGUAAAUUGUAUUGAAGAAGUCAAGGAUAUCUUGAAAAUGCACAAAAUUUUAAGCUAUACAUGUACAAGAAUUUUUUUUUCCCUUUAAACAGUAACUUUUUUUCCUUGUAUAUUGUGAAAUGCAUAUUAGCAGUUAUAUUUGGGAUUUUGAGAUGAAUUUUUGUAUUAGGACCUAAUUGCAAGUGUAAAAUCAUGCAAUGUGAAUAACUGUUGCUUAAAUAGCCUGGUUAUGAACAGUAGUGUUCAUUUCAAACAUUUUAUUGAGUUUUGUUUAUGUAUUACACAGAAUCAUGAAUCAGAUUUGUUUUGAUACUGUUGUGAAAUAAACUUCAGCAUGUACGUGA